AUGUUUUUGAAAUUAUGUCUCUUGAAUAUAGCGAAAACAAGAGCCAAGCUAAUAUGUCCAAAUUGGGUUUGUAAAGGCAGAGAGAUCGAAACUCUAAUAACUCAAGAUCUCUUUAAAGAAAUGGACAAACCUACAACCUCGACUGCGGAAGACACUGCCACUAAACAAGUAGACUCUGAAAAUCCAACUCACAUAGGUGAGGAUGCUGAUGCAAUUUAUCUGAGCAGACUGGGAUUAUUAGGCGGAGAGGAAGAAAGUUCGUCCAAGACUACUGAGAUUGCUAAGGAAACUUCUGACCAGGCAACCAGCCCUAUUGAGGUUGUUAGUACUACGCCUGGCAAUUCCGAAAAUGUGGGUGACUCGAUUUCAAAGGACUCUAGCGGACAAAUCCAACGCCCAUAUGUGAGAAAUGCUUCGAAGAAAUUUCUCUAG